CAAUCCAUGCGACAGCAGACAGCAGACUUCGCCCUUGGCUUUUAUCGCUCAUAACGUACUUGCGCGGUGGUCGAGUGCGAUUGGUUGCAAGUUGUUUUCCCGUUUGUCGUCUGGAGGAGGCGAACAACAGUCAUGGAAGUUUGUCGGAAUCCAGAGUGUGGGGCAGGCCUGCCGCAUGGCGGGGCGUAUCGGACGUGCACAAAAUGCUGCAGGGUCACCUGUAUGAAGUGUAACGCCAUGCAUGAAGGCAGGACUUGCAAGGAUUAUGCAGCGUCCCAGAACAGAACCGUUUUGGCCCCUUUGCAAGCCACUGCCCACCAAGGGCUGCCCAGGAAAGAAGAAGCUACUGUGGUGAGAUCACCGCGUGGCUUUUCCCAGGAAUCUUCUCCAAAAUAUCCCGGUGAUAUGAAGUUUCCUCUAGAAAACACCUCAUUCAAGGAUCAAACAGAUGUACCACUGGAAAAUACCAUAUUGGGGAAUGAAGAAGAAAUCAUUGCCAGGUGCCGGUUGAACGGCUGUUCCGGGAUGGCGGUCAUUGCACGAUGGGAUGCCCUCUUCCCAUGUCCUGUGUGCAAACACUUCACAUGCAUGAAAUGUGAUGCCAUCCACGAAUCCAUGACUUGCGAAGACUACGCCACAAACAAAAAUGCGUCAUCCAACGUCAUGGAUCAUAUUGCUGAUGAGCAAACAGCACCUGCAUCGCCCACCUCAUCAUUUCCAUCUGUGGAGGAGGAGGAAGGGGACGGUACAGGAGGAGUAAUCGUUAACUGUCUUUAUGGCAGUUGCAACGGUCAUGGUUUCGUAGAAAAUUCUGCUACACUUGCCCAGUGUUACGCUUGCAAGCACUGGACCUGUCGUCGGUGCAAGGCGUCACACGAUGGCAAAACGUGUAACCAAUACAAGGCCAUCAAUGUGGAUGAACCUGUUGGAGACCUCCCGGUUAAUGGAACGGAGGACGCGAUAGCAGCGAGCAGCCAAACUGUGCAGUGCACCAAUCCGAAAUGUGGCUCUGAGGUGCAACUCGACACUGCCAGAGUUGCUGCGUCUUGUCCAAACAUGUGCGGCGAGCCCUGUUAUAUUUGUCCUGCCUGUAACAUAUUCACCUGCAUUGGCUGCAACCUGAAGCACGAAGGGAAUGGCGUGAUUGCAACGAUAAAAAAAAUGUUUUCAAUUUCAAGAAAGGAUAGCACGCCAAAACCCGUGUCCAAUAUGUCUCAAGGUGCUGUACCUAAACGAAAGACGGAAGUACAUGCAACAGAAACCUGGAGCAGCAACAACGAAAAUGGAAUGUUGUCCUACCGGAAGUGUAGGAACAACUACUGUGUCAAGUAUGGUGACACUCAUCCUGGACCUUGCUCUCAAAAGAGCAACAGUCAGUGCGAUAAGGGUUAUGAAGCACUGGAUGACGAAGCGUGUGACUCAUGCCGCAAAACAAAGUACGCGAUGACUGUUGAAGCUUGUGAACAUCACCUCUGCAGCAACUGUAUCCGCGCAGUUGUAGAAAAUGCCUAUCUGCGUAAUAUCAUGUGUCCGGUGAAGCAAUCUUCAGGGAGAUGUUCGGCCAUUCUAUCAAGAGAUGAUAUUAAGAAGAAUGUUUCCCGCCAAGCAUACAGCAGAUACAAGAAAAUGCUGACAUGGGAGAUAAUGACAUGUCAAAAUAAGAAAUGCCAUGCCGAGUUCUGUGUAGACCCGUCGAAGAAUACAUUGAAAUGUCCGCGGUGUAAGGUGACCAACUGCACAACAUGCCGUGCCUGUCAUGAGGGGUAUUCUUGCGAGCAAUACGUCGCAUGGUUGGUAGAGGCCAUGGACAAAGGCCAGCUGGAGGAUCCUGCUGAGAAAGAAAAGCGUUUCAAAGAACAGCAGCAGCUGUACGAGAAAAAUAUUGUACCAAAUACAGAGCAAUUCGACUGUGUGGUAUGCUUCGGUGAGGUCGAGCCAGGAGAAGGGCUAAUCCUGAAAAAUUGCCACCACAGCAUCUGCAAGGAUUGCCUCAAAAACACAAUUGCCACUUCAGAGAAUGCAGAAGUUCAGUGUCCCUGCUUUGCUGAAGAUAGUCAACCCUGCACAAUGAACAUCCUCGAUGACGAGAUUAGGGAGAUACUCUCUCCAGAGGGAUACGAGGCAUUUUUGGAGAAAGGACUCAUUGAAGCUGAGAGAAAGACGGCGAAUUCGUUUCACUGCAAGACUGUCAAUUGUCGCGGGUGGUGCAUUUACGACGCCGAGGUCAACACGUUCGACUGCCCUGUUUGUGAGAAGCCCAACUGCCUGCGUUGCGAAGCUAUCCAUCCAGAUGUCACUUGCGAGGCGUACCAGGAGGACUUGAAGCGCAGGGCUGCCAAUGACGCGGCCGCAAAGGCCUCUAUAAAAUUUCUCGAGGAUCAGCUGGAACAAGGAGUGGCAAUGCGAUGUCCUACGUGCAAGGUAAUUGUGAUAAAGAGAAGCGGCUGCGACUACAUGGUGUGUGCCUCGUGCAAGACAGCUCUGUGCUGGGCUACCAAGGGAGCUCGCUGGGGACCUAAAGGUGCUGGCGAUAACAGUGGAGGAUGCCGCUGUAUGGUAGAUGGUGUCAAGUGUCAUCCAACCUGCACUACGUGCCAUUGAAUUACUGCCCUUCUGCGUUGGCGUUGUGUUAUAAAAGAGAACGAAUAAUAGCCGAUGGUAUGAUUGCAAAUAUGACACUUUAUUAUAUCUGUUUACUCCUAAGAUUCUGGGAGUAUUACGCAGGAGAAAGAGUGUGACCCGAUGUAGUGUGCGUAUCACGGUUGAAAAAAGUUUUUUUUUUUUUCUUGGUCUAUUUCAACCACACAACAAAAGUUAUCACAUCGGAAUCGGAUGCAAAUCUUGUUUACUUUCAUUUUUGGGAAUAAAUAAAAAUCAGUUGGGGCACGG